AUGAUUGUGCACACAGCUGGAGUGCACCACGCAGUUGCAUGCUGCAACAGGUAUUUUUUUGGUGACGUCAGCAAGGUAGAGCGGCGCGCGGCGGCUUCCACUAUGGUCUGGACGCGCGAGAACUUUUGCUGGAGACCGUGAAGACACUUCCUGAGCUUCGGUAAACGAUUUUAUCUGUCCGUUUGCGAUUGUAACGGGAUAUUUUCGUUUCUUGUAACUUAUCAGGUAAAACAGCAAGUUAGGCAGGUUUGAAACAACAUUAAAGCUCAAGGCCAUUGUGUUCAGCCCAUGUAAACAUUGAGACUGUCAGUGGGGGAGAGUGAGCUGUCAUUCACUGGAUCCACCCCAGCCAAAGGACAACAGUGAACUACUGAAAGAUUUACUCAGGGCACCUGCUGCACCUUUUUAUGAUGACUACUCGUGGUAAAAGUGAAGGCUGCCGUAUUUGUGGGAGUGACCUGCAAGGUAACCAGCGGCGAUGGCUGUAUGCAGGUCAGAACAGAAAGGGGGCACAACCUGAGACGCCAACAGACUUUUCUAGCAAGGGAAGCUUGCCCAGAUCGGCACAAAGCAGCUCAUGGGGCAGCACUUUAUCACUUAGCUCCUCCCGUUCGCUAUCGAAGUCUCGUGGGCUGCUCACCCCCACGAAAGGAAUCGACCUGCUCUGUGUGCUGACACAUAUAUUAGAGCAGUCUGUACCACGUGGGGACGGUCAGGGGGAGUUUUUAUGCGGCAAGUGUGUAUCCGUUUUGGAGCGAGUUUUCAAGUUCGACACCGUCAUUGCCAGAGUCCGAGUGCUGUCGAGUGAGAGACUGCAGAAACUCUCUCAGGAAAGGGACAAGAUCAGGCGAUGGGUGCGAAGCAUGUACGAUCAGCGCCACACGUCUACUUCCAGGAGAAAUGAAAGUUCCAGUGAGGAUGAAGGGGACAGGAAGGAUUAUGUAGGGGAAGGAUACCAAGAAAUGCUGAGGGACAACAUGGCCCUCUCAGAGUACGAAUGGUGGUCCGAGAAAGCGGAGUCAUGUCCGUAUUAUAGGAGAACAGGGAAACGGUGUCAGAAAGGCAAGAUGUGUGAGUGUUGCGACUCCUUGAGGGUGUCCGACUCGGACUACGAGUCCGUUUGUGGAAUUCCACGUCACUUGCCCGAUCAAGCUUUCACGUCACUGGGUCUCUCUCGAGAAAAAUCCUGCAGCAUGCCUCUUCAUUGGUCGAAAGUGCCAUCUGUCAGAUCCAGCCCCGCCUCGCUGUCCGGUUCCUGUCAUUCUUUGCGAUCUCGAUCCCGUACUAGCUCCGUUCAGUCACUAGACUCUUUAGACGGCAAUGAUCCGUUUGAUUGUCCAGAAGAGCAUUCGGCCAUUAUAGACACAGUUUUCAAAGAGUUAAAGAGAAUUGAAGGAAAGCCAGUGAGGUCACCGGCUGGAAGUCGCAUUCCUGUGUUGGGAAGAGGGGACUUGCAGAAUGGGAAGGAUGAGGUGGGAAUGAAAGCAGGGUUAGUGAGGGUCCUGAAUUUUGGAGAGGGCAACAAUGGGACAGAGGAUGAAUUUGAAGAAGAGAACAAUGACAUCCUGACUGAGCUAAAAGACGACUUUAUGCCAUUGCGAAGAGAGGCGUCCGCAGGUAGGGUGCACCUUGCUGUGAAGAAGUUGCGUGAACAACUCGUUCAAGCUCAGGCUCGCAUCAGAACUCUUGAGGCACAGCUAAGGGAUGGCAACAAACCAACAACCGAUGCUCCUGCCAAGCAGUUGAAGUCUCCACAAUUGACCAGUCUGAAAAAUAAAAAUGACCUCAUACAGAGUCUCAGCCAAUCACUGCACAGCAGAGAGAACGUAAUCCAGGAAUGUGUGACUUUGAUCCGGAAGCUGUGUGCUGAGCAGGGGCUGGAAUCACAGGACACUGACAAACUCAUCAAAACACUGGCCAGCGCAGUGGCUGAUACAUGCAGUGAACGUGAGGUGGUCCUGGAGGCCCAGCUGUCUGAGGUGAGCGAAAAAGAGAAAGCUCUGGAGAAACAGCUGCAGGCCAUGAGAGACGCUAGCAGAGAGAGAGACAGAGACUUCAUCACACUCAACACUGUGCUCCAGUGUAACCAGGAUGUUAUUAACCACCUGCGUUUAGAGCUCGCGGAGAGGGAUCGAGCCCAACAGGAGAUGAUGAAAGAAUGGGAAGUGUGGAAAGAGAGAGAUUCAGCUCUGACUGCACUGGUGAAGGAGAACAAAGACUAUAUUUCCCAGCUAAAAGAGGCGCUGAAGAGUUCACGCAGAGAUGUGCAGGCACUCUCAGACUCACUGAUUGGACGGGGACUGGAAGGGGGCGGAGCUGAGGCAGGAUUGGUCAAUCAGCUGCUAGAGAAAGAAGCUCUGCUGGCAGCAAGCUUCAGAGAUAGAGAGGAGCUCGGUGCCACCAUGCUGCAGGAGAUCACAAGCCUCUCCUCAGCCUUAACUGAUGCUGAAAGCAUCAUACUGGACCAAAGAGAAAAUCACAAACAAGUCAUCACUGCACUAUCAGAGCAACUCAAGGACACACUCAAGGAGCUGAGAGAGAAAACCAAGGAGAAAAAGGAGGCUGAACUAGGUUGGAAGAAGGAAAACAAGGAGAGAGCUUUUGAGGAAGAAAAACUAAGAGGCAAUCUUCAGAAGAGGGAUAAACUCAUAGAGCAAGUUCUUCUGGAGUUACAGGAGCGGGACGGUGUGUUAACCGAGCUACAGCAAAACAUCUCUAGCAGACUUGGACCCAAAACGGCCCUCAAACACACACUGUGAGUGUGUAUGCACAUACUGAUUUCUCUUUUUUUAAAGAAUCUUCAUUUUAAAGAACUGAGAUAUUUUAGGCUCUAUUCAGACUACAGGCAAAUCAGACCAACUCCAACAUGUGGUUUGAAUCAGAUUAGAGAAAAAAAUAAUAAUAAUUCAGAUUUCAUGUGUUGUUUGCUUUCAGUUGAUGACAAAACUUCACUAAACUUUAUUUGUAACAUGCUUACCAUCUAAUAAUUGCAGUAAGUUUGUGCUUUCUUUUGAUAUGAAACAAAGAUUAAACACAUAAUGUGAGUUUAAUGUUAUAUACACUGAACUUGCUCAAUAUAUUGUUAAUGGCACUACUUUCAUUGAGUGCAAUACAAAACAAUAGUACAGCUUCUAAUAAAGUUAAUUCUGUUAAAACGGUAAUUCACUAGUUCUCUUAAAACUGAAAGGAAAUCAAGAAAUUUCAACGUAUAUAGGUUGUGUAUAGUGCCACUUGCAUGUUCUACCAGAUUCCUCAAAACUUAACUUUUGAGAAAGUUGAGUGUAUAUUAUGAAAUGUUUUUUUUUUUUUUAAGUUUAAAUUAAUUUAUGACAGGGCCAUUAAAGGUUGCUUUAGUAAUUUAGAUUGAACUCAGCCAUAAAAUGUUGAUUACUUCCCACACUUCCAGAUUGUGGUUCCAAGAUUUGCAUGGUUACACACACGUGCCUUUUCAGCACACACUUUGCUUAUUAAUAAUUAUUUUUCUUCCAUAUCCCACAAUCCUGCCAUUAUUAUUAUUAUUAAAUGUUUAAAUAGUUUUUUAUUAAUUAUGAAUGCAUAUGUUGAAUGCUGCUUUUCUUGUUACUGUUUGAUUUGUCCUUCUCCAAUGUGAUUUUCCACGUGAUCUUAUAUUUGUUCUUUAUUUAUAAUUGUUUGAUUUGCUUUGGAGAUGCCAUUAUGGUACCAAUUGGGAUGUGCUAUCUUUGUUCCAGUGUAGAGAAAACUUGUGCACAAUAGAAGGAUUUACAAGACUCUCUGGAAAGUACAUGUUUUAAUCGGCUUAUUUUAUUUUGAGUACGCUGGAAUCCCCAGGACUUGGUGCAUACCUCAUAAAUCACAUUUAAAAUGAAGCCGCAAGUGUGUGUGGGUUUUCUAAAGGUUUUAUUGGAGGUUUUCUUUUAUGUCUGAAAUAUUAAAGGUUCUUCCUUUAGAACUUGGGGGUAGAAUUGACAAUAAAGCCUCAAAUAUCUAAA